UUUUUAAAUCUCUUUUCAUUUUUCUGUAGCACUUCUGGGGCCCUGUAGCCAACUGGGGUCUGCCCAUCGCGGCCAUCAAUGACAUGAAGAAGUCUCCCGAGAUUAUCAGUGGGCGAAUGACAUUUGCCCUCUGUUGCUAUUCUUUGACGUUCAUGAGAUUCGCCUACAAGGUGCAGCCUCGAAAUUGGCUUCUGUUUGCCUGCCAUGCGACCAACGAGGUGGCCCAGCUCAUUCAGGGAGGACGGCUCAUCAAGCACAAGAUGUCUAAAAAGGCCUCUGUGUAGCCACAGGAGACACAGCCAAGCCUCGGAGAGGACAGCAUUGCCAGCUACUGCUAUGGAGUCACAGAUCCCCUCACACGUAGUUGUGCUAAGGAGCCGCGCUGAGCAUGCGUACUAACCGCGCUAUUUCUAUAGCAAUGGCAAGAGCCUCCGGCCUGCUCAUUGCCCCAGCUGCCAGUACUGAGCAGCUUGGGCCCUCCCUGGAGGGCAGCUCAAACAUGGAAUCAGUGUAAAAACUUCCAGAAAUGGCUCUUCUGCAGUAACCCAUAUCUCCCCAUUGGAACUCACUAAAUGAAAGCCCGAAAAGAGCCAAGUUCGGAACUACCGGCAGAGUCCCUCAGAGUCCCAACGUUUUCACAAUCACAGGACCCCCACAGCUGGCCACCCACACACCUGAAAUCUACUCCAGUGUUGGAAAAGCGAUCUGUGUAUUUCCAUGCAGUAUGUAUAUCAAAAUGCUGUAACUGAAUGCAAUAAAUGAUUCAAAUAUUUGUUACCUGA